GUAAUCGAAUAUCGAUCGCUUAUUUGUAUAUUAGUUAUUUUUAAUAAGUGUUACCCGUGUGUGUAUACUACAUAUAAUAUUUAUUUUGAUUUUUGAGUCGGCCUUCUGGUACUUGGUUCUUGUAUUACUUAAUAUAUUAUAAGCAAAAGCAUACGUCUAUUAGUUGCAAUGUUCCGCCGCCGGAGUGCAGCACUAGCGCAAACCGUAAACGUAACAAUAAUUUGAGUUAAUAAGGAAGAGAAUAUAAUAAUGUAAUAAUGCAUCAGUGCUGCGUAUUUGGAUGUAGGAAUGAAGGGCAUCAUGGAUUUCCGAGAGACCAAAAUGUAAGAAAACUAUGGGAAGCGGCCAUACCCACGCGUGAUAAUAACGUGUUUAUAGCAAAAAAAACUUCAAAAAUAUGUGCAGCACAUUUUAAGUCCGAAGAUUUCAUUAAGGUUGGAAGGUUUUCAGGAUUAGUGAACACCAGGCGCAUUUUAAAGAAGGGAAUAGUGCCUUCCAUUUUUCAGUGCAACAAAACAGAAGAUGUAAAAUCUAAGCAAAGGCUAGAUCGGGCUGAAGUGGGUAUGGUUACAUUGGAACUGGAAGUAGUGAAAAAGGAAGUAGUCAUGAAAGAGGAGCCAUGUGAUGAUUUAGUCAGUGAAAAUGCUACCAGCCUGUAUGACGUCCAUGUGGCCGAAGAUGAGGAUGGUAUGGUUACAUUGCAACUGGAUGUAGUAAAAAAGGAAAUAGUUGUGAAGGAGGAGCCCCCGUGUGAUGACUCAGGCAGUGAAGGUGCGGCCAGCCUGUAUGCCGAACAUGUGGUCAAAAAUGAGCCCGUGCUAGGGCCUGAGAGCCUUCAGCAGCAUGGUAACCAUACAUUGGAACUGGAUAUAGUGAAAAAGGAAGUAGUCAUAGAGGCGCCCCAAAGUGAAGAAGGCUUUGAAUACGCCGACUAUGUGGUCAAAGAUGAGCUCGUAUUUGGAUCCGAAUGCCAGCAAAAGCGUGGAUUGCCAUAAAAUGACUGGCCUGCCCUAAUUCUGCAGCGCAUCCACCAUAUUCGCGGAGUUACGCACCGAUGGGUUUGCAGCAAUCUUGCGCAAAAAUGCAGCGUCUCUGCUGAGCAGAACGAGGGACAGCCCAAACAGCAUCCUAAAGAUGAUUGCUGAUCAUGUGUGUUGUCCUGUAAUUAAUGAAAUAAUUUUAAAUGUAAAAUCGAAUUUAAUUUUUAAGUACUAACAUUAUUUUUAAGAAUAUACUAACAAAAAUUAAGAUCAUGUUAUCUUUAUUUAAUAAAUAAAUUGAAAAUGAAUAAAACAAACCUAAACUAUCUAUAGGAUAGCCUUACGAAAAUUCUGAAAAGUUAACGGUUAUGACUAAUGACAGAAUUAUGACUAAUGAUAAUCUGACAAUCAUUACAUUAUGAGUUUCAAUAAUUAUGUCAAACAAAGGGACCCCAUAUCGACAAAGCUCUUAGUACAUUUAUGACAUUAAUAAACGGUCCAUUCCAACUUAUGGUUCUUUUCUACAAAUCUAAUAUAUCUUUU